CGGGAGAGGAAGGCUGCCCUAGGGAGGGUCUUGUGAACCGUGCCUUCCCCCAACCUGGUGCCCUCCGCGUGUGCCGACAACCAACUCCCGCCAACGCAGCUGGGGGUGAUGGGAGCCAUAGCUGGCGGAGGUUGUUAAUCGCUUAAGCCGCUUCGAGGAAGUGGAAAUAGUGCACAAGCAAAUAAAGUCGCUCGUCUUCCCGCGGCACAAGAGGGGAAGCACGAGCGUUGCUUUAUUUGUGCUGUCGCUUUGCAGUGUGCGCCACUGUAUGUAAUGUUGCUCGGUUUGGAUUAUUUAUCAUGCCUUCGCUUUUGUAGGUCAGGACACAAGAAAUGGAGUCCCGAGAAAUGAGCUUGAACCGUUAUCGCAUGCAGCACACAGCAACACUGGCCCAGGAAGUUCUGGAGCGGGCAAAAACACGGAAAUUGAACUGGCCAUUGCCUGCUACAUUUCAAAGGACGACUUUUCAGUCAGGAGCAUCGUGGAAAGCAACAGCCAAUGCUACAUAUCAUGAAGGGGAAGACGAAGAUGCGUGUCUUGCUGCUGCUUUUGCUUCUGUUGCUGAACACAUGGGCCACAUCUCAGCAGAAUGCGAGAACUAUUACUGUUGUGUACCACCAUUUCAGUUCAAAGAGUACGAAGUUGCACAUAUAUUCAGAUACCACAGCAGGGAGUCAUCUGAAAACUUGCUAAAGGCAUUUGAAAAUGAGGAAAGUAAAAAUGUCCCAAUAGUGGAAGAACCUGGCUGUCCUGAUACAGAUACAGCUGCAUUAAUUCCAGCAGAGAAUGCUGAAACAAAAGAUAUCUACAUUGACGUUUCUCCUGGCACUUACACAGUCUCUGCCUCUUCGUAUGACAACACAGUCAAACAAACACAUCUGGUAGACGUUCGGUCAGGAGAAAGCGUAAAUUUGACCUUUGAUGUAUGACAGGUAGUCUUUUUUUCCAUCAAGGUAACAAAUGAAAUAGAUUUCGGUGUCUUUUAAGUGUCACUUUUUAAAUAAAAUCUUCUCAGGCUAUUUACGCUAUAUAAUUAAAUAUGAUCUCAGGUUUUAUUCUGUCUGUAUAUUAUAGUGUGAAACUUUGUUCCCAUUUGCCCUAACUUGAAUCAUGUGUAUUUUCACUUUUAUACUAUGCAAUGCCUUGUAAACAAUAAAUUUAAAAGUGCAAAUGUUCUUGGAAAGACUUUAAAUUCUUUGUCAUUUGCUUUACCAAAGGAAUUGCUAAUGUAAUGGCAGAGGCUAUUGAAAUGAAAUCAACAGAACAGAAAGGGGAGUCUUAUUUAGUUACGUAGUUCUGGGUAACCGCAGAGUGCACCAUUUAGUCAGUCACAGAUAUUGGUGGCCGAAUCCUAAACCAGAAUGCUUUGCUGCUAACAGAACAUAUUUAUUCAUUUGGAAAACACUACCGUACUUCCCUUUUUGUUAACCUGGCUGGUCCUGAAAGUCCAAAAAUAGUUACUUCAAAAUAUAUUUGAAUUUUCUGUUGUACUAUGGUUAGAUGCACAGAUCUCCUCUAGGGCCCAUCCAGUGUUGAAACAAGAGCACACUUAUUAAUUUGCUGGGCAAAUUACCAUUUAUAUCAUUUCUUAGAUACUAAUGAUCCAACACCAUUAUCCUAAAUAUCUUAAUAUAUUAUUGUGGACCCACAAAAUAAGCAGAAUUAAAAACAAGCAUAUGCUUUCAAUUGAUUUUUGUUUUGUUUUUACUGUGUGCAUUGCUGUGCGCAGGAUGGUUCGAUGUCUUUGUGGCCCAAGACUUCCUUCACAGUAUGUUGCCUUCGAGGAGACUGUUCAAUAGUUUCAAACAUGGCACUGUGGUUGAUCAGUGCAGUUGGAGACGGAUCCAUAUAAGGAACUGCUUUGGUUUCGGAUCUUUCCUUUCUGCAGGUGCUGUCCAAAGUAUAAUUGGUUCCUAUACAUGAUAGUAUAACACUUAAUUUGUGAGUAGUUAGACAAAGACAAAAUAAUCAAACAAGGUAUGAAAUAGGGAACCAAGUGUUUUGGGGUUUCCCGCCCCCCCCCCCCUCAUGAUUUAAUAUUUUGACAUCCCUCUCUUCUGUUAAGGCAAUUGACGACAACAGGGGGGAGUUUUGGCUCAUGAUUUGACUCAAUAUAUAUUUCUACUUCAUGCAAAUUAUUUCAUAAAAUUUAUACACCACUUGAUUGUAAAAAUUUUAAAAACCCUCAAAAGUGCUUCUCAUCUCCACACAAACAAACAAACAAACAAACAACUAACAGCAAAGGGCAAGCCAGAAAUCCCCAAGUAUGCUAGUAUCUGUGGUACCAUUAGCAGAAAAAUCAAUCUCAGUAUAGCUGUUCACCUCAACCAGCACUCUUCUACCUUCCACUUUGAAGCUCAAAGGAAAUGUUGUGUACCGUGGCUGUUAUGACCAGAGCUGGGAUGGCUUCUCUUCCAGUAUUUCCAACAAGGCCUCCUGAUUGCUUGCAGCUUGGGCUUUUCAAAAAGACUAGAAUCCGUGUUCACUGCAUGAUCUACCAUUGUGGUCUUGGUCAAACCUGUUUCUGUACCACUUGUGGAACUGGAGGAGCAUGAAGAAGAAGAGCUGGACACUACAGUGGCUGGUUCUUUCUUUGGAGGCCCUUCCACUGCCAGUAAUGGUUUGCUGCUGAACUCUUCAACAUUUCUCUGGGGUGGUUCAGUUAAAGAGGGUGGCCACCAGCAGCCACUGUAUUUAGGGCAGCAGCAGGAAGCGUACUGUGGGUAUCCAAGGACUGAGCAUGUGUGUUGAAAGCACCUGGAGCAAGGGGAGAUGAAAGAGCAACAUGGCCUCUGGAGCUGGCAGAGGCCACCUACAGCACAUCCAUGCCUGGAGCCUGGUAUAGCCCUACAGGAGCCACUGUAGUGACCAGGUCUUUGGAGUUGCCCUUCAGGUGCUUUCCUGCUGGUAAGGGGCAUGCGGAUCAUCUCCACAAUCCUCUCCCAUUGCACUGGGGAAAUCCACAGGGCUACACCCAAUGGGACUUUGGCUUUCUUGCCAUUCCAGAAGCUGACUAUAAUUUCUUCAUCUUCUUCCCCUGUUUUGAAGAGAAAAAUAUAAACUGGGGAAAGCCGUCACUCUCCUCAAUUUAUUUAUUAAAUUUCUAUCCUAAUUUUAAGGAAGGGACGGGGGCUGUGAUGUUUUGUACGUUUCUGUAUGUGAUUUGUAUGUGAUCUUUUAUGUGUAUAUACCGGUAUCUUAAUGCUGACUUGUCUAAAUAAAAUACUGUACAUAUAUUUUUUUAAAAAAUCUAUUCUGCCCUUCCUCCCGAAAGAGCAAAGCUAAUAUUAAUAAUAGUUCAUCAGUUUAAAUCAAUCUGAUUACGUCAAAAAUGUAUAAUUAUUUGCUGGAAUGGCUCACAAAGGAUGAACAGACGAAGGAGGUGAUGAUAAACGGGCAAUAGACUUUGGGUAUAACAUUGAAUAUGAUGCAUGGUUGAAAUUAUGGAAUGAAAGUUUAAAAUUUACAGCACGUACCACAUUGAAAGAAAAUGAUGUAUAGAUGGUACUUAACACCAGUAAAAUUAGCUAAGAUGUACAGAAUGAGUAAUAGAGCUUGCUGGAAAUGUAGAGAGCAAGAUGGAGAAUUUAUGUGGUGGUCAUGCAAAAAGAUAAAAGGAUUUUGGGAAUUGAUAUAUAAUGAAUUAAAAAAGAUAUUUAAAUAUACCUUCCCAAAAAAAAAACCUUAGGCAUUUUUGUUAGGCAUAAUGGGAGAAGAGAUUAGUAAAGUAGAUCAAAGAUAGUUUAUGUAUGCAACCACAGCAGCAAGAACUUUAAUAGCCCCAAAGUGGAAAUUACAGGAAUUACCAACGUUGGAGGAGUGGCAGACGAAGAUGAUAGAGUAUGCGGAACUGGCAAAACUGACUUGCAGGAUCAGAAAUCAAGAUGAAGCAAAAUUCCAAAGAGACUGGAGUAAAUUUGUGGAAUAAAUGAAUACGAAUUGUAAAGGGUUGAAGACACUAGCAGGACUGAGAUAAACCCUACAACAUAGACUGGAUAUUAAAAGAAGGGACUGUGAAAAAUUGAGAUGUGAAAACCGGAGGGCGGGAUGGUGCCCGGCAGGGCGAGAUGGAAGUUAUGUGAUGAAUUAAUAUGCUAUGUUUGUUGUAUUUUAUUGUUUGAAAAAUUAAUAAAAAUUAUUUUUUUAAAAAAAAAAUCAAUCUGAUUAUGUAGCCACAAAAGGGUGGUCCUUAUAUGCCAGUCUAGAAAGUAUGCAUAAUAACUAAAUACCUGUUGGAGGGUUU